AAAAUAAACAAUUGAAACCAUAUUCCCCUAAAUUUCCCAAUCCAUGUUCCCUAUUUCGUUGAAACCGCUCCACCGCUUCACCCCUUCACAUAUCGUUGUUGACAAGCAGGAGGAUGCACCAGCUUCACCGCAUCCCCAGUUCCUUCAACGCUUCACAGCUUCGUCGAGUCUUCAUCCCUUCAAAGCUUCUUCAGUUUCUCAUCGCUACCCUCGGAUCUCUUCCUCCGUGUUCCAAUCGAUGUUCUCGAGUUCCAUCUCUGUUCGCUGUUCCAGCUCUGUUUCUGCUCGCCAAAAAUCUCCAUUUGCACUGGGUUUUCUUCCUCAGGCACUGAAGCUAUGUUUCAAGGCCUUGGGUAUAUGUCCCCACCUCAAUAAACAUUUGCAAUUUUGCAUGGAGUUGAUAGUUUGGUUGUCUUCAUUUUGGCAAGACCAAGACUUCAAGGAAAGGAUGUUAUGUCUCGACCUCACUUGCCUUGCAUCAAGCAUAUAUUAUUUUUCUAUGCUAGAGCUCCUCUACAAGUUACUUGCUACCAAACUCAUCGUAGGCAUUCCAUUUAAGUGCAGAGAGAAAGAAGUUUUAUGGAAGAAGAAGGAGAAGAAAGCUCACAAGUUGUAUGGAAGUGAUGAAUUAUAUUCUAUAUGUUGGAUGAUGGUGCUGUGA